AUGUAAAUUGCUAACGACGAGUAUCUCAUUCCAAAUCUCCUUCAAGGAAUUGAUAUCAGAAAUAGUGUAUUUAAUUUGUUCAAUAUUCAGGAAAUCUCAUCACUAUCCUAAACCUUAGAUAGAUUGCAUUUUAUCAAGGGUUUACAUGAGGAAGAUAAUUUGAGAUUGAGAGCUAUAAUCACGGAUAUGUAAUACAAUUUUGAAGCUGUUGUGGCAUAAAAAAAUAUUGAACUCUCUAGACUAAAUGGAAGAGUGAAAUAUUUAGAAGAAGAACUUUACCAUUUGAAUAGAUUGCCGCAGAAUAAAUAUCAAAUUUCUAAUAAAGAUGAAUUUGAUCCUUCUAAACUCAGAGAAUUAGAGAGAACUCUAAAAUUGAAGGAUUAAUAAAUUCAAGAUCUCACUAAUGAACUUUAAUUGCUCAAAGCACAAAUUGCGAAUAGAAUUUAAGAAGCAAUCAACUAAGAAAGAAAAAAGGUUUAGAAUGAAUAGAAGGAGAUGAAUCUACCUGUUUUAGUUGAGAAUGAUAAUUUGAAAAAAGCAAAUUCAGAUUUGAAUCGUUAAGUUAAAAAUUUAUAAGAUGAAAUAAACAAAUUAAAAUCUGAAUUGAAUGAUGCAAAUACUGAAUUGGCCAAAACAUAACGUAAAUUAAAAGAUUGUCUAUAAAUGAAUGCAGAUAAAGAUGAUAUGAAAUAGAAAUCAUAACCUGUCUAUGUUAAAAUCUCAGAAGAUAAAAAUUUAUUAGAUGGAAUUCUGGCAUUGAUGCAUUAUAUGAGAGAAUCUGUUACGGAUAUCAUUUUUGAAAUUUUUGUUAGAUCUGCUAAUCAAGCUUUCAAUAGAAAAUAGAGUUCUGCCAUAUUAUUCUCAAUAAAUGCAAAGGAACUAAAAAGUAGAAAUGUCAGAGGAUUUCUAGUUGUUUUAUAUUUGUACAGAAAAAUGAAAUCAUUUAUCAAGAUAUAUUUCCCUUAUUAUGGCAAAUUGAUUUUGAAUGACCAUAUGGCAAGGAUAGCACUUGGGGAGGAUCAAUUUAAUUUAUCUGAAAGAAGAGACAAUACAAACUUAUGGUUAGAGGAAUGCUUGGCUCAAUUAUCUACUCAAAAGCGAAAGAGUGAUAAGAAUAAUGAAGAGGAUGCUGAGUUUCAACAUUUAUUUAGACUUUUAUCAUUAAGAUAUAGAUGCAAAUAUCCCAUGAAAGGAAAUGAUGAAAUGAGAGUUGAUAUAGAUAUACGAGUAAGAUUAGAAAACUAAAUAUGCUCUUCACUAUUAAAAAUAUUUAUUGAUUGA